AUGGAUAGCAUGAUGAAUCAACUGGAAGCGCAAAUCGGAACCCAAAACGAUAAAAUCAGAAAUAAGGGAAACUAUCGGGAGCUCUACGCGCUUAUAGAAUCAAGAAGAUUUUCAAACAUUCAUCAUGCCAAGUUGCAAGCUCUUUGGCUUGAGGCACAUUACGGGGAAGCUGAGGCAGCGAGAGGAAGACCUCUUGGUCCAGUCGACAAAUACCGCGUGCGCAAGAAACACCCGUUUCCAUCAACAAUCUGGGAUGGUGAACAAAAAUCUCAUUGCUUCAAAGAGCGAACUCGAACAAUCUUGCGAGAGUCCUACCUCAAGGAUCCAUACCCAAAUCCUUCGAGAAAACGAGAGCUCGCGGAAGCCACCGCGUUGACUCCAACUCAGGUGGGUAACUGGUUCAAAAAUAGAAGACAACGGGAUAGAGCUGCUGCUGCAAAGCACAGAGCACAGUCAAUUGGGGCAAGACAAGAUCUUAAUGAAGAUCGAAAACCGGCCGUCGAAGAAGAAGACGACCUCGAAAUAUCGGUUUUUGAAGAAGACGAUCUUUGA